AUUUUUUUCAGAAGAUUAUGGUUUCAAGCAAUUAUAAAUUAAAUUUUGAAACACUUAAUAUUUGGAGGAUACAGUUUGAUAAACAUUUGCUUUUAUUACCGGGUAUACUGUUCAAGAAGGAUAAGUGCAGUUUCAUUCAAAUAAUACUACUUGAUAAGAAACAAGGACAAAUUACGCCGAAUAAGAAUGCAUACUCAAGUUGCCGGAAGUGUAGAGAGCACGAGAUCCAUUGAACGUACAAAGAGGUGUAUCCGUAUAACAGCAUGGGCCACACGAGUACUAGCUCUCCUCAGCAUUGCGUUUUGCAUCGUGUCGUUUGCUGUAGUCGGUGAAAUGGUGUUUGGACUCUGUUUGAUGGUUACAGCCAUCCUUAGUGUUGUGAGCACGUUAAACUUCAGCUGUUGCUGCUAUUCUGAUUGUUCAAGAAACACAAAGACUGAGCAAGUAAUGGGAUAUUGUGGCGUCUACGUGUGGAUGUUCAUGAGCAACAUAGGCUACAUCAUAAUUUUGGGGUACAUAUUGCUUCUUUGGGAAGUACCAAGACGCAACGACUAUUUUAACUACGAGUCCAAUACAAACGAGAGCAUGGCGUUAUUGUACACAAUAAUUGCAUUUUCCUUAAUCGACACGUUCUUCCUUUCGAUGUUAAACCUUUACUCGGUUUGCCUUGUCUACAAGUACGGUUGUUGCUUCAUGCAUGAGAUAGAUAGGUAUCACUCUGAGCAAGGUGUUGAAACGGCAGUCGUGAUGAAUCAACAUAUAACUAUUGUUGAGCGAGGUCUACCGGGUAACGGUUUGCAGUUCACAAAUGCUACAGUAGGUGCUCAGCAAACAUUUACCAACCCAGGGAUGCAGUACUCCAAAUACCAGCCAUAUCCUGCCGGACCUUAUUACUUGGCUGCACCUUCCCAUCAAGCUGUUGGUUUAGCAACUGACAUGGUGGGCGUGUCCGUUCAAUCAACACUGGCGGGAACGAGUGGACAGCCGAUCAGCCCUCCACCAUACACUGAAGCUACUCCAAAUGUGAAACUAUAGUGAUCAAAUAAUGAAGACCGUUUCUUGCCAAAAUACAUCGUCACAUCAGGCAAUAACAAUUAUAGAACUAAACGAUAAUCAUAUUUGUAAACAUCCCAAAGUGAAAUAUCAGUAAAUUUAACAACAUUACAAACCAAGCUAAUCCGAUCCUUUUGUUUCAAACAAUGUAAUGCCAAAUUUAUAAAUCUACAUUUUAAAUAAAAUAUCCAUGUAAAUAACCUUUUGGUGAAAUGUAUAAUUAUAUAUUUUUAAAACAUUUAUGUACUUGUGUGUAGCGCUGUAGUGUGAUAUUUCAAAGCUUUAUAGUGCUUAAGUUGCAUAUGUUGUCUUUAAAACCUGAUGUAUAUAUAUCUAAAAUAAUUAAAACGCCUCGGGUGCGAGUUGACCACAGGGUGAAAAACAUCAAAUGAAAACGUGGUGGGAUGCUUGUCAUUGUAUUUCUAUAAUUUCAGUAAUAUUUGUUGAAUGUCCCAUUUGUGACUCCUUAUUCUCGAACGUGUAACAAUCAUAUUUAAGUGGAUAUUUUUAGGAUAUAUAUUUGUAUUGCUGUUAUGUUAUCGACUUCUUGUUUUACUAAAACUUGUUUUUCUUUGUGAAUUUUACAUUUUACUGACCGUUCCAAGGCGGUACCUAACAAUUCUUGAUAAACAUACCAAUUAUAUAUAUAUACUUAGAAGUAUUUAUGCACUGUGGUAGAGUUGUGUGCUGUUCUAUGUUUCUUGUUUGUGAAUUUGUGUUCUAUGUCUUUGGCGUUGCCCAUUGCCACUAAACCGGGUUUAUGUUUAAACUUUUUGCUACUGAGCAUGUUUCUGUAGCUUUUUGCAUAUAUAUUGUUCGCUGAGUUGUUAUCUGAUAUGCUUGUUAGCAGAACGAUAAGGUACAAUAACAUCUAUUGAAUUUACCCUAGACACAAAUGUUAUACUCUGCUAGCCUAGCAAUGGCAUAGUUUACCAUACAAUACAUCUAAGAUAAAUAACAUACAUCAGUAUUAUGGAUAAAAAAUAAAAUGACGCAUGCGUGUUCUGUCUGGGUCGAUUGUAAGUUGUUUUUCUCACGUGCUGUGUCACUAAACCAGAUUUCUUGUUACAUUUUUGGCUGCAUGGUUUUUUCCGUUUUAAAAUUGUAUUCCAGUUGUUAUGCACGGUGGUUAUUAUCAAAUUAAAGAUUGUAAUACAAAGGUAAAUAGCAAAAAUACAUUGUUACAAACUACAUCCAUUUAAAUCCAAUACACGAGGUUUAAGUAAUUGCCAAAAAACACUAAAACAAUGUUCAAUACACGGACAUAAAAGGUGAAACAAACCAACUGAUUUUUUUUUAAAUUGUACAACAUGAAACCAACAGAUUCUUUCUAAUAGUAUGUAUUGUAUAAUUUGUGCCAGUUAUUUAACAUGAAUGCGAGUAUUUGUGUCCCGUUUUUGUCAACAUAUUUAUUUAUCUAGGUUUGAUCAUAUAUAAUUUGCUUUGUUUCCUUAUCUGUCAAAUGUGGUUUUCCAGCAUUGAAUGUACAUGUUUUGUUUUGUCAAUUCAGAAUAGAACAUUUAAGAUAUAUCUUAAAAAUAAUCAAUGAAAUAGACUCUACAAGGAAACAGUUUUAUAUUUUAAAAUAAAUUCUAAACAUCA